CCGUAACGUAUCGUCUAGUUGGGAAUCCCAAAUCAAAUUCUAGGGUUUGUUCGUUUCUCCGACGACGAUGACUACCAAUAGUAGCUCCGAUGUGACGGAAAAACAAGCUUCAGAAACGGAUUUAUUGGCGUACGAUAAGGAAAAAUUUAACUUUAAGUUUUCCCCGAAUAGGGUGGACGAGGAAGACGACGGAGAUACUGAAACCGAAGGCGAGAGCGAAAGUGAAGUAGGUGAUGGAAGCGUGACGUAUGGGGAUUACAAAGUGAUAGAAGACUUACCGAAACCGGAUCCGGAGUGGGAUGUGGACAGCUUUGAUGGGCUCGAAUACGAAUCCGAUCCUGAGCUUCGUGCCCGCUUCGCUAACGACAAUGCUUACAUGGAAUACCGCGAAGUGAGGAUCCAGGCUUUGGAGAAUAGGGGUUUUUUACCAGAUCCAUUCAAUUUCAUCGACGCUAUUCAGAAUCUAGAUGGACCAGCUUAUGAUAACAUGACUAAUAGGGAGUACUUGGCGGGUCUGGCUUCCUCGUGCGUUAAGAAACUCAACGACCUUAAGGCAAAGACUGUGGAAUUUGUAAGUAUUGUGAGAGCCACUACAACUGGUGGAGGAGCUAGUUGGAAGGUGUAUAUAACGUUUAUGGCUCGGGAGUAUCCCAAUGGGCCUCUCAUGGAGUAUCAGGCUAAGGCCAUGGAUUUCGUUGGAGAUCGAUCUCCCGUUCCCAUUCUCUGCAGACCAGCCCCUAAACCCCUAACACUUCCAUAGAUUGGGAAUGUUGAUGUUUGGUCUAGCUGAAGAACGAUAUGUAUUGAAGUUAGGCUUCCAGUUAUAAUUAAGCUCCGAGUUGUAUCUUGGUGGAACUUGGUUUAUCUCAAUGUUACCUGUGUAAUGUGACCUAAAGCUGUAACUUUUUAAGUUGUGCCCCGUAUAACUAUGAAGUUUAAUGGUUAUUGAAUUAUGUUUUUUUAUAUAUAUAUAUAUAUAUAUAUAUUG